AUGUCGGCCGAACCGGCGGAGGGCCCGUGGCGCCCGCGGCUGAGGCAGCGGAGCCCGCGGGCCGAGGCGGCUCCAGGGCCGGCCUGCGACCGCCGCUCCUCUCCCAGGCCUGAGGCCGAGCGGAGCGCGCCCGCGGGGCCGUCGGGCAGCGGCGAGCCGGUUUCCCCGCGUCGCGGCGCCGCCGGAGGGGCCGAACCGGAGCCCGGAGAGAAGAAAGAGGAGCCCGAGGCAACGGGCGUCGCCAGCAGCCGCCCGAAGGCCGGAGGGGCGCAGAGGAAAAGAGCCCAAAGGAGCCCGAGCCGUGAGAGGAUCUCCCCGUGCAAAAGGAGCUGCGGGAAGGACCAGGCGCCGACCGGCUCCGACUCCGCUCCGAGGCCGUUCAGCAGCGGCCCUCGCGCCCGGCAUCACUGGUGGCGCCGCUGGAGCCUCAAGGGGACGACGUGCCGCAAGUCUCUGCCUCCCUUUCACGAGGACAUCGCUGAAUUGAGCAAAUCGAUUGACCCAGAAUUGCCAGAGGUAGAGAGGCUUUCCAAGCUGCUGACGCUCAGUUUCGAGUUUUCUGCCCAAAAGCUUGAAAAGGCCGCGGUGGAGGGUGAUGGCUUUGAUCCUGCGGCUUUCAGAGCUAAUGUGAACUCGGUUUCAGAAGAGCUGCAGCAACACUUGAAGAAACUGCAGCUAGAUGGGACACUGAAGAACUGGGUGGAGGAAGAGGAUCCUGAGGAGACUUCAAUGGACCCUGCUUUGGGUGAGUCAGUGGCCCAAAUUAAGGAGCAUAUGGGCAGGUUUACUACAGAAUUGCAGUCUUGGGAUCUGCUUUUACUCGAGUACCAGCAAACCGCUGAAAAUAUGUCCAGGCGCCUAGAGGAAUGCAAGCUUAAAGGGGGCAACGUGGAGCCUGAGAGUUACCUGGGAUCAUCCCAGGCCGAAGUUGUCCUCAGCAAGCCCGACUAUCAGAAGAUCCUGGAUGACCAGAGGGAAGUCUUCACUUGCAUGGAGCUCGUGCUGGAYGAGAUGCUCCAGGUCGGGCAGCUGCUGCGGGCGAUUGUGGACACCGGCACCGAGUCCCUGCAGAACGUCUCCGGGACCUUGGCCGCCAGGACCUUCCGCCGUAUGGAGCGCUCCCCGGUCCGCAGGCUGCUGGCACCGAGCGCGGUGGCACCGAGCGUGGCACCAAGCGCAGGACCGAGCGUGGCGGCACCGAGCGCAUCACCAAGUGCGGUGGCACCGAGCGCAGCGGCACCCCCGGACGCCUGA